AGGAGGCAUGGAACUAACAAUAGCCGGGUACGGUUUCAAGCAAGAUGCGAGCGUGACAAUAAACAAUAAUGAAUGUGACGUGACAGAUUUGCUGUCGGACGGAAUUUAUUGCAUAGUGCCAGCAUCUAGUGUUGCUGGUACAUUCAACGUUCGAGUGAAUCAAGGGACUUCGGCCAUGACGCAUUAUGGGUAUACAUACGAUAUGUCAAAGACAGCAACUGUGAACAGUGUCAUACCACAAGUAUUGAACGUUACAGGUAAGUUGCGUUAUUUUGCCCGCAUUUUCUAUAACAAAUGUGCUGAUAGCACGCAGGUGUUAACAUAACAUGAUAGUCAUCAUGAACUUUAAAUAUUAUUACAGUUGUUUAUUACUUUCAAAUUGAUACACAUUUAUUUCUAGCCGAAAAGACCUUCAUACAUGCGAGAUAUAGUAAUGGACAAACCGUUAUGUUGAACAGCGCUAAUUCUUUUUUCUCUAAUUAAAAGUGGCAAUUUUAAUUAUUUUCUGACUUCUUUUCAUCUCAUAAGAACGUCCUAUUUCACAUUAUAUUUAAAACAAACUGAUCCUAUAAUCAUAUUUCAAAGCCUUUUAAAUCUUUGGGGAAAAUAAUUUCGGGAACAGGAUAAGCAAAAAAGAGAUAACAAAAAUCUAAGGACCCUGAAUUUCUACUUCAUUGUUGCUUCACUUACAUGUAUUAAUUUAUUUUCUUUGUUGGCAGUUGUGUUACAUCAACACUUUUUUAAGAAUGUUUUAGCUAUUUUCCAGCUUGUAUGAUAUAGGAAUCCCCUUGGUAUGUAAAACAAAAGAUUUUCUGUAAAGCCAGCUUAACGGCUUCCACACAAGUACAAAUUCUGCAACUGAAGUGAGGUUUCGAACCGACAGCGCUGAGAAGCAACUGAAUCGGAUACAAAGUCAGCAACCAUUCGAAGGCGGGUGUACUCUUUUCAAUGCAAAUGUUCCACUUUUGUAAUAUUAUUGUUCUAUCAUUCCUACCAUUACUUAUGCCAAGUAUGUCUGUCAGAUUGUACUUACCAAUACGCUAGAAAGCUUUAAUUGGCAACUGUGUAAGAGACUUUGCAUCUUGAGUAUACAAUUUGUGAAUAUUUUGAAUGCUUCAAGCGCUCAGAGAACAAAUUUAAGUGUCAUCAGCCGUAUGAUUAUUUUUUUAUUAGACACAAUCCAUAAGCAACACCACCGACUUUGAAAGCGCACAGAGCCAAAAAGCAUAUUAUUUCGUAAAAGGUUUUUUACAUUGAUGGCAAAUAUGUUUUUCUUUUUCUCUUUUGAUACCGCAGGUGGCAACAUAACAGUCCUUGGAUCAUCUUUCACAAAUAAUACAGGGUCUGUAUUCAUUGGAUCAGAAAAGGCGAUCGUUACUUUUUGGUCUGACAACCGGAUUAAUUUAUAUGUCGGUGAAAUUGAGUGCGGAGUGCAUGAACUCCAAAUUGAUGUCAACAGUGGCUUUGCAGUUAAUUCAACUGAUUUACAGCUGCCAAAAGUAAUUGCUGACUUAAAAAUAACAUAUGUAUACCCGCUUCAAGGAUCAUCGUUAGGUGGGACACAACUUACAAUAAUUGGCUCUGGAUUUGGCACAAAUAUUUCUCAUGUCAAAGUCAAAGUCGGAACAGUUAACUGCAAUAUUAUCACACUAUCAAACUCAGAGAUUACUUGUUUGUUAGAGUAUGCAGGCACUACUCACUACGUGACAAAUAAAGGAAUAGAUCCAGGUUUUGGUGUUUACUACGCUUUUGAUAGGUCAUUCAUUACAAUUAAAGAAGGUGACUUUGUGCAAUGGUCCUGGGAAACACCGUCAUUUGUCAACAAUAUUACACAUGCAAUUAUCGAAGUUGACAGUCCUAGUUCGGUAACACAAAAGCCAGGGGGGUUCAGGAGUGGAAUACCAAGUAGAAAUGGUGUAUUUACCAACCAGUUUGUCCGGACAGGCAUGUAUUAUGUAUGGAGUGGAUUCGUGGAUAUAUGGGGCAUAAAGAAUUAUGCUGGUACCAUUAAGGUAGUUCAAGCCAACUCCACAUCAGAGAAAAUUAGUGUUCGUGUAGGAAAAGCAGAAGCUGAGCAUGUCACUGGAGAUGAAAUUCAUUUAGUAGAUAGUACAGUCUGUAAACACAUCUCAACUGGCAAAACGGGCUGCACAGAAAGGGAAGUGUCCUUUACAGAUAACAGCGUCUUUAGCUUCGCAUAUUGGUCAUGUUACACCCCGAUAGUUAAUUCAGUAAAUGUUAAUAAUGGCACGACAAAGACAAACAUAAUCAUCACUGGAGAAGGAUUUUCUUAUACAGAAUGUCAAAAUGAAGUCAGUUUUGGUGGGCAACGAUGUCAUGUAACAACGGCAAGCGAGAACUCAUUAACAUGCAACAUAGAAAAGAUUGAAAGACCCGAUGUAGCAAUUCUGCACCAACUUGAGCUGAAAGUGAACAACAGAGGAUCCGCACGAAUAAAUAUAAUAGAUGCAAACCACCGCGGCUUCGCUUUAUUACCGAAUAUAGAAAAUAUUUCUCCAACAAAUGGUUCAAUAGCCGGUGGAACGCUUUUAACUGUUACAGGAUUUGGAUUUGAAUCACCAUUGAUCACUAUUGGCGGAUAUAACUGCAUCAUCAUUGACUGUUCAUAUUCUGAAAUUACCUGCGAAACUCCUGGCUCCCUGUCAGAAGACGAGAAAGAGGUUAAUGUGUUUACUUAUGUUCAAGGAAUUCCACUUCAGUCCAAAUGCGAAACGGAAUCUGGAGAUUGUACAUUCUCCUAUAAGUCUGAGUUGACUUCAACAAUAACAACAAUUUCUCCAAAUAUAUUGUCGGGUACAACUUUCUGCACCAUAACAGGUACAUCAUUAGGCAAUGACACAACAGAACUUCAUGUAACUAUUGGCAAUGUUGUCGCAAAUGUAGCUGAAGCAGCCGAUACGUAUAUUGUCGUAAACGUUGAUAAUAUACCAGCUGGAGAUAACGUAGUAGUUGUAAGGGUUAAAGAUUACGGCAGUGCUACAGGUGUAUUGACCGUAUAUGGAUCGCUGAUCAUCAACAAUGUGAUUCCAUCAUCUGGUAGUAUACAUGGUGAAACUCCAAUUACUAUUCUUGGAAAUGGCUUUAUAAAGAACAAUACAUCUGUAACCGUUGGCGGGAAAUCAUGCUUUAUUUUAUCAACAACCUUGUCUAAAAUAUCUUGCAUUACACAAGCUCACAAUGCUGGCUCUGUUAGCAUUGCAGUUGUUUCGAACGGACUGUCAAAUACGUCCGCUUCGUAUAUCUAUGCAACUGCUUCAACACCAACAAUAACAUCUAUUAUUCCGACUUCAGGCUUUCCUGGGGACACUCUCACUAUUUUCGGUUCAAAUUUUAUGGGUGAUGGCGUUACCGUCUAUCUAGGUCAGUCGAGAUGCGAUGUCAUUUCAGAAAAUACUGAUCAAAUUGAAUGUAUUAUCGGCAAUCAUCCAACAGGAAACGUGACUGUGUAUGUUCAGGUUGCUGAUCUUGGGAUGUCUAACACAAACAAGCAAUUUGAGUAUCAACUCAGUCUUCUGAGUAUAGCACCAAUGCAAGGUGGUAUAGCCGGCGGACAACUUGUUCUAUUGACAGGUACUGGAAUCGAUAGUUCAGCAGUUGCAACUAUUUGUGGGAAAACUUGUUUACUUCGAGAGACAACUUCAAGUACUUACCUAUGUAGAACUCCAGCAAAUCCAGCUCAGACAUGUGACGUUGGUUUUUCUCUGAACGGAUUGAAUAGGAUAUUACCGACUGCCUAUAGCUAUAUUUCAUCAUUAACUCCAACUAUUUCGAAUGUUAGUCCUAGAAGAGGAGGCACCGGUGGUGGUUCAAGACUUACCAUAACGGGAGCGGGAUUCGGAUCUAACAUUGAUAACGCUAGAGUAGAGAUCGAUGGCGUAUCAUGUAUGUUGUCAAAUAUAAGUAAUACUGAAAUACGUUGUAUAACCGGGCCACAUAUUGGAUCCAUUCAAACCAAAGUCGAAGUGCAAGUGUCACAUAAUGGUAUUGCAAAUGAGGUUUCAACAGGGGAUGCAGAUUUUCAGUACGUUGAUGUUUGGUCUUCACCUUUCACCUGGGGUGGCGGACCCUUGCCUGAAAUAGGAGAUUUUGUUGUGAUCCCCUCUGGCACGACAAUACUAUUAGAUAUGGAUACACCAGUUUUAAGUUUCCUUUUAAUUCAAGGAGGAAAUCUCAUAUUUGAUGAGAAGGAUUUAGAACUACAGGCAAAUAUUAUAAUGAUAACGGACGGUGGACACCUGCAGGUUGGCACAAAGGACCAACCAUUCCAGCAUCAGGGUGUUAUAACUCUGCAUGGGCAUUUAAGAAGUAAAGAACUACCGAUAUAUGGCACAAAAGUAUUAGCUAUCAGGAACGGGACUUUAGAUUUAUAUGGUAUUCCAUUAUCAUCGACGUGGACACAUUUAUCAGAAACGGCUGAAAAAGGCUCAGACAUACUUCAUCUAAAAGCUCCUGUCGAAUGGAAAAGUGGAGAUGAAAUUGUUAUUGCUUCUACUGGUAACAGACUAAGUCAACAUGAAAAUGAAAAGAAAAUUAUUUCCGAAGUUUCUGCGGACGGGAAAAUAUUGAAAUUGACCACGCCUCUAAAAGCUGAACACAUUAGUGUGCAGGAAAUGUUCCACGGGCGAUUAGUAGAGAUGAGAGCUGAAGUUGGUCUUCUUUCUCGUAAUGUAAUAGUUAGAGGUAAUGAAGAUCCACAAUGGAAUGACGAAAUAAAACCAUGUACAGCUGGAUUUCAAUUCGGUCAGUUCGGUACUCACAAGUGUAGUCUUGCGCGAUUUGGCGAUGAGAUUGGAAGCAGUCAGUUUGGGGUUGUCAUCUAUGCUCAUUCUCCUAUUCAAGAUAUACAAGCUGUGCAAAUUCAUUUGGCAUACACAGAAGUUAGGUUUGCUGGUCAGACCUUCAGAUCAGGGCGACACCCACUUCACUUCUAUUUGAAUGGGAACGUGUCAAAAAGUUAUGUUCAAGGAUGCAGUUUUCAUAACACGUUUAAUAGAGCUGUUAAUAUUCAAGGUUCACAAAAUAUACUCAUUGAGCAAAACGUAUUAUAUGAUAUUCUUGGUGGGGGUAUAGUUUUAGAAGACGGCAGUGAGACAGGUAUUACCCUUCGGUACAACCUUGUAAUGCAGGUGACCGGAUGUGCCACUUUAGUAAAUGAUGAUUUAACACCAGCUUCUUUCUCGUUGGCCAAUCCAAAAAACACGGUUCAACACAAUGCUGUAGCCGGAGGAACGCAUCAUGGCUACUGGUAUCGGCUGGAUUAUCAUUCGGUUGGUGCUUCUUACAUGAAGCAUUCAUGUACGAAACAUGUCCCACUUAAAAUUUUUCAAAACAACUCGGCCCACUCUUUAGGGGGAGUUGGACUCUAUAUCUAUAAAGAAUACUUUCCACGUAAACAUGGCUGUGGUGGCUCAGAGGUCGAAGUCGCUAUAUUUGAUUAUUUACUUUCCUGGAAUAAUAAUAAAGGGGUUGCCGCUGACAAAAUAGGAGCUGUCCAGUUUUUUAACUUUACACUUGUUCAAAACCAGCAAGCCGGGAUUGAAAUAUAUAGUGUUUCAGAUUUUCCAAGGUACACUGCAGAUUCUCCUUCCGUUCAAAAUAGCGUCAUAAUUGGAAAAACAACAAAGGAACACGGAUGUACCCAAGGAGGCAUUGUUUUUCCACUGGGUAGAGGUUUUAGAGUUCGGAAUGUUAGUUUUGUAAAUUUCAAUGAAACCAACUGUGCAGCAUUCCGAUGGACAAGAAGCUUGCUACACUGCCCUGUAUACUGUGGGGGAUUUACAUACCAUGUGGAAUCUGCUGCGUAUAUCAAUACCCCAAACAAAGCCAUAUUUGCUUGGGAUUGGGAAGGAAUUAUACUAGAUAUAGACGGAAAACAUGGCAAUUCGACAGUCCUCCCAACUACUGGAACGCUUCCGCACGAUUGUGAACCGGCACCUGAAUUUAGUAUCGGAGUUCCUGCAAGUACCUGUCCUCCAAAAUAUAAAUGGCAUAGAUACUCUUUUAACAAUUAUUAUCAUUAUAACAGUCGAUAUUAUUUGAGAAGGAGAAAUUUCAUUAUUACCAAUCAAUAUGGAAACAGUUCAGUACCUUAUGCUCAAAAAAGGUUUAGUCAUAACUAUGGAUGGACGUGUGCUUUGCUAAACAAUACGUCAUACAAAUUCUAUUUUGAAAACGUACUUCCAGUUAACAACAUCAGCUUCUAUGGAACGUUUUAUGAUUUAGAGGAAAGGGAUUUUCUUUUUAUUUCGAUGACAGUUCUUAACUUUCCUGAUUGGUUUUCGGUCGAAGGUGAAAGAAUAAACGCCUCGUCCGGAAAUAUUGAACACCACAAUGGCUCAUAUGGCGACUGGAAUUGGAACAAUUUAAACAAGGAAAUUAGAUUCUUAGUAAAUACAUUUAGCAAAUCGCAACAUCAUGCUGAAACGGGUAUUGUUGAUACACAGAUUCAUUUUAAAAUUUACAAGUGUUUUUACGUGGACUGUGUGCCUCCGCCAGACCCAGAUAAAACUCCACCUUCGAAGCAUCGACCUCUUAGUUUUCAUUACUGGCAUGACACAAGUAUCUGGAAACGUUGGAGUGAUGGGUACAUGAAAAACGUCGGAAAAAAUGGAGCAGGACUACCACGGGAUUUUGAUAAUGUUGAAAUUUUACCACAUACUUGGGUACUGGUUAAUCUAACUGCUAUAUGUAAGCUUAGAAAUCUGCUGUUACAUGGUGUUCUCGAGUUUGCCAAUGCUCCAGAAGCAGUUUAUAAUAUUGAAGCGGAUUUCAUUAUAAUAAAAGGCGGGCGACUGAUCAUAGGUUGGCCAGAUGACCCUUUUGAUGGACUUGCUACAAUCACUCUUCGUGGUAAUCAUUCAUCGUCAUCAUUUAAUGUAGAGGGCGCUACCCUUGGAAGCAGGGCUAUUGGUGUAUUCGGUGGUUUAGACCUCAUUGGGGAAGAUAAAGGAGUAGCUUGGACCUACCUUGAUGAUACAGCAAAUUUAGGCUCAAGAAGAAUUGUGCUCUUGGAAAAAGUCCGAUGGUCCAAAGGAGACGAAAUCGUCAUAAGUGCAACAGGGUUAGGCCCGGGGCAAUCUGAAACAUUCAAAAUAGAUUCUGUUGGUACCGAUCAGGUCACAAUAGCAUUGAAUGAUACGCUAAAAUUUCAACAUAUUGUGCACACCGAAACAUUAGAAAAUGGACGAAAAUUUACUUUAAGGGCAGCCGUUGGCCUUUUAUCCCACAACAUAAAAAUAACGGAUGAAGACACGCGUAAAUUCGACAAGAAAGCGUUUGGAGCCCGUGUGCUUGUCGGACAUAUUGUUGACAAAGAGAAGACAUAUACCGGUUAUGCAAGGCUUUCAAACGUUGAGUUUUAUCACACGGGUCAGUAUGGCUUCUGGAAUAUAUAUGACCCGAGGUUUUCAUUGGUGUUUCUUAAUGUUGGACAUGUUAGCAAUAUCAAACCGUCGUCACUAACUAACUGCUCUUUCCACAAUGGUUUCAACACGGCAGUUGGCUUAAUUGGAAUAGAAAAUCUAAAUGUCACGGAUAAUGUCAUAUAUGCAAAUCAUGGACUAAAGACAACAUCAGUAGGCACAAGUCUUGUACGCAACCUGAUAAUAGGUUCCGAAGGUACUGGUAUUGAAGCAAUGCGGGCGGUGAAUCUAACUUUGAAAGACAAUCUUGUAGCCGAUUCUAAAACUGAUGCAUUCAAUGUUCCGGCUUUAGCAUGUGAUGUAACUUCGGAUAGGUAUAAAAACAACAAGGUAUACUCCAACGUUCGCGGAGCGGUAUUGGCGCCUAGAUUUUAUACAAGAACAAUGUGCGUCAAGAUAACUGGCUUUAUCGCUUGGAAAAACACUAACUUUGGACUACUGUACGAGGGAAACAUCAAUGCAGUUUUUGAAGAAAAUACUCUUAUAGAAAAUAUGAUUGGAGUUGGAGCGGUCAUUAUAAAUCAGUACUCAACCAAGCAGAGUUAUAUGAAUAGAACAAUUCAAAUCAGAAAUACAACAUUCAUUGGACAGACCACUUCAUUUAAUUGUGGUGAUAUGGUAUGGUUAGGAUCAAACAGGUUCUUGCCGUCUGCAAUUUUAGGACAAUACUGGCAUUUUUCAGAGGGGAUGGUAGGGCUUGUAUUUCCGACAUACAAUAUCAUUGGUGGAAUGACAAAAAUAGAAAAUGUAACAUUUGCAAAGUACGGUGAUUCCACAUGCAAUAAGAAUUACGCUAUAACAACAAAUCUAGCAAGAAAUGAUCUUCAGCGUCCAAUAAAUUCUGAAAGAGUUACAAUGUUCGAUGUAGAACAUGCUAACAAAGUCUUAUUUCAAAGACCAUAUAUUAGAACUUCUCAUCGAUGCUUUGGGAUAGACUGUAAUGUUUUCCGAUUGGGUUUCUUUAAAGAUUUGGAUGGAACUUUCCUUGGUCACAGCGGGGCUGUAAUUCCAAUGUCGGAACAUGAAGCAAUCGAUUACAGCAGAAUUCCUAGAGAAAUGGUAACUGAACUUGAUGGGACAAGGAUACCUUAUGAGGAAAUAGCUCCAAACAAAGGCGUCGUAAGAAAUAAUAAUUGCACUUAUCAGUGGAGAUGGCAAGCGUUUGAAUGCAUGGAUGAUCUCAAUUAUAAGAUGCUAACAAUAGAGAAUAUGGAUAGAGAUGCAAAGAAUCGUCAGAUUUCUCCAGUAGCUCUUUUAAGCGAUGGUUACAUCGAUCUUAUAGACGUUCCACUAGACCACGGAUACUGUAUACAGUAUACUUGCAGAAGAAAACAAUCUUUAUUCAUUGCCCUUGUAGCAACAAGUAAAUCAUACCUAUUACAUUUCACAAGGACGACACCAAGGCAUGUGCGUUAUAGCAUUUUGAACGUUGGCCCAAAUGAAGGUAUUAAACUGACUGUUUGGUACUCAGGACCUAAUAGACUUGACGUGUUUGUCGACGGAGAAUUUGCAAUAGCGACUAAUGCGAGGAUUGAUAAGAACGGAAGAUAUAUUUUAACAAUGCCAAAAGAAAACGAAUUUGAACCACAUGUAACGAAUGAAACUGGCACCAAUUAUUUUGACAGAAAUCGUGGAGAGAUAACAUUCACCAUCAAAGGUCCAGCUCAAAUUGAAGUUGUCUCGCAAAACACAAUGAUCGUGUCCUUUGGGUUACCCGCCUUAUCCGUUUCAGAAUUCUUUGGAGAAAAUAUCGUUGAAAACUUGGCAGCGUUUUUAGACAUUCCCCUUACAAAAGUGCGAAUCGUGAACAUUGUUAGUGCAUCCGUUAAUGGACGCCGGAAGAGAUCUGAAUCUGAUUUAAAUAUUGAAAUAGAAAUUGGUGAUGAACCGGUACAAGUAAUUAGCAGUAAUACGACAUUGCCAGAUUCCAUUGACUAUUUAGCUUUGACGGAUCUAGUAUCAAUAAUUGUCAAUGAAUGCCAGCUUGGUAAUAUCUCGAAUAUUCUCGGAGAAACAAUCGUUUGUGGGAUCAUAGAAUUUCCGUCUGACGAUUCUGAAAUGGUCUCAAUAGUUUACAACAAUCAGAAACCGCAUCAUCUUUAUUUCUACGAUGAACCGGAACCAGAGUACGAAGGAGUGUUACUGAAGACACAACCGAAAUUAAGAGCAGUUGAUAUAGAUGGUGAUACUGUAACGGAACUUGGAACAGUCGAAUACCCGUGGCAAAUUACAGUCAACUUAAGAAAUGAUACUGGACAUCCAUUGGCCGUUCUUAAUGGAAACCUUACGAUUAAUUGUUCGCAAGGAUGGUUCAACUUCACUGAUCUUGUUAUCUCUCAUAGUGGGACUGGCUAUAUUCUAGAUUUUGACGUCAUCUACCCAAAUGAAGCAGACCUUUUCACCCUGACAUCAAAGCCCUUUAAUGUGUUUGGAAGACCACUGAAAAUAAACGUUUGUAAUCAGACUGACGAUAAUAUUUUUAAAGAUGACCAAUUUACAGUGAGUCUUGAUCUUCUGGAUCAACAUACGGAUGAAAUAAUUACACAUAUAGCAUGGAGAGAACAUACGUGGUCUUCAGAAGUCAGUUUACUUCAUUCAUCAGUGUAUGCCAACUUAACUGGUUUCUUAAAUACGUCUUUCGAUGAGGAAACUGGUCGGGUUACAUUUUAUAAUCUGACUGUUACCGGAGUUGGAUGGUAUUACCUGAAAUUUAGGGUCUUAUCGGAUCCACCAGAAUACAAUUUGACUUUAAGUUGGAGAUUGGCAAUAAAAGACCCGGCACAUGUUAACAUGACUGUUGAAGAAUCGACGACUAUAAAACUAAAAUUUGAUGAAGUAUUUGAAGUUGUCCUACCGACUGAGGAUGACAGAAAUGCGUUCGAGCAAGAAUUAUUGACAGACUAUGCCAACUUAUGUCCAGGCGUACAGCUUAAUGAGGGAAUUGUAUAUAAAGGUACUAUAGUUGGUGAUAUUUAAAAAAUAUCAUUUGUUAACGACAUGUAUGAAAAAGAUAUAAUCUGAAUACAAUUCAUUCUAAUUAUUCAAUCACUCAGACAUCUCAAUGACAAAAUUCUUUACACUUGGCAUUCAACGAAUAUUUGAUAAAUCCCAGAGAGAAAUCAGCUGGAAAAAUAACAUACAUACUUUGCGGGCAUCGAUAAAUUUACUGUCUGUUGAGAUCAAGUAAUCUGUAUUUUGUUUUUCUUUUUUCAUAAAUGACGUUGGUAUCUUUUUUUAGAAAAGACUUCUUUUCACGCCCAUCUCAACUGACUUAUAAAAUGCAAUUGUGAGGUAACAUAAUCACUUGAAUAGCAAUUAUUACCACCUGUCAGUAGUCACUCUAAACUGAACGGCAACAAGAUUAAUUCAGAAAGAGCUGCUUU